AUGGACGCCCUGACAUGCUCAGGCUUACCUAGCUGUCAGACGACUGUGCAGAUCCCCCUGCCGAGCGUCUGGAUUCAUCUGGAUUCAUACUCGCCUAGUCGCAGAAACACCCAAUAUCACUUCAUGACUGAAGGUCAAUACGGCGAAGUUAGGAGAGCAACCAGAACUUUAACCCGCGGAAUACAUAGCAUCGGCUAUCACGACUUUGUAGGGACUUUCAUCAAAGCUCCGAUGCGUCUUAGCACCGCGGAGGGAAAUUUGGGCGGAAAACUGUUUAUCUGUCGGAACAAGGAGCCAAAAAAAAGCAGUGGACCAAGCAAAGACGGGAUGCUUGUUAAAAGGGUUAGCCCAACGACUACCCGGCGGUCCACUGCACUCCACAGGGAUAUCGACCCCUACACCGUCGUUUCUCUCGAUCAGACUCAUCUUUUCCAGCGUCCGACAUCACACUCGCUCUUAGACGAGAAGGGAGAGCAAAGACAGAGCUAA